CUCUCCCACAGCUUGGACGUGUAUGGUCUGGUGGGUCAGUGGGUGACUGAUGCGCUAAACUUUCAGUGUACACUUACGAAGUGUCUCCAGUCUUCACACUUAUGGAGAUCAAGGUACUCUCAGCUAUGGCCGACCUGGUUGGCUACAAGGAACAUGACGGUCUCUUCUGCCCUGGUGGAUCUAUCAGUAAUAUGUAUGGCAUGUUACUGGCCAGGUAUCAUCACUGUCCUGAUGUCAAGGUAAUGUACCAGCUGUACCAGCUGUACCAGCUGUUACUGGCCAGGUAUCAUCACUGUCCUGAUGUCAAGGUAAUGUACCAGCUGUACCAGCUGUUACUGGCCAGGUAUCAUCACUGUCCUGAUGUCAAGGUAAUGUACCAGCUGUACCAGCUGUUACUGGCCAGGUAUCAUCACUGUCCUGAUGUCAAGGUAAUGUACCAGCUGUACCAGCUGUUACUGGCCAGGUACCAGCUGUUACUGGCCAGGUAUCAUCACUGUCCUGAUGUCAAGGUAAUGUACCAGCUGUACCAGCUGUUACUGGCCAGGUAUCACCACUGUCCUGAUGUCCAAGUAAUGUACCAGCUGUACCAGCUGUUACUGGCCAGGUAUCACCACUGUCCUGAUGUCAAGGUAAUGUACCAGCUGUACCAGCUGUUACUGGCCAGGUAUCAUCACUGUCCUGAUGUCAAGGUAAUGUACCAGCUGUACCAGCUGUUACUGCCAGCUAUCACACUGUCCUGA